AUGCGGUUGCCGUAUGGCCACCGGCGCUCCGCGCGCCAUGGCCAGCGACAUGGCGCCGUGCUCACUCUCCUCACAACAGUCACAUCCAUACUGGCAAACGCAGCCACUCCCGUCCCUGCACCCCCGGCGAAUCUCGACUUCUCCCAGCUUGGACAGAUUGGCAUUGCGGGCGAUUUUGGCGGCAUCUCUCUCUACCAAUACGUUGGACAGGGCGGCCAGACUCGCAGUGCCAAUGGAAGCCAAGCCCUCCUCUCCGAGCUGCCCAACGGUGCUCUACUACCUGCCGUUCAAACAGAUGCUGCCAUUCGAGCCUUGUGUCUUUACAAUGCCACUUCGAGCAAAACAAACGGCAUAAUUAUCGGGGGUAACUUUACUUCUCUCGGUGGCAAACAGUCAAAAGCUAUUGGAAUCUACGAUGUCGACGCCAGCAAAGUCACGACUCUCGAUGGCCUCGAAGGCGAGGUCAAUGCUAUUCUCUGCGACGACGCCACUGACACUGUUUAUAUCGGUGGCAACUUCAAGAGUGGCAACUCGACCAACGCAAUCUCGUGGAAUAGCAAGGAUGGCUUCAAAAACCUGCCGUUUGUCGGCUUCAAUGGACCCGUCGCGGCCAUUACUAAAAUGGACAAUGGCCAUAUUCUUUUCGGCGGAAGCUUCACCGGCCUUGGAAAUUACAACACGACAAACGACAGUUGGCGUGACUCUCAAACUAUUAACCUGGCAACUGCCAAAAUCAACGCCCAAGGCAGCUCCUCCAAAGCUGGCUUCAGCGAUCCGGCCAAUGUUGUUUGCUCCAGUGGCUCCGACGCCCAGGGAAGCACCUGGCUUCUCCAGGACGAUAGUCCGGGAUACUGGGAGGCUCAGUUCGGCUUCGGUUUUGAGCCGACCAAGAUUCGAAUUUGGAACACGCAUAUCGAGAACUACGGCACCAAGACUUUCAAUAUCCAAAGUUUUCCUAACGGCCUGACAAAUAUUAUGAACAUGACCUAUGUCGAUCCCAGUACGGGCAAAAACGCCACCUGCGACCGCCUUUGCCCUCUCAGCAACGACCCUAAGAUUCAGUUCCAGGAUUUCUAUUUUGUCAACGUCGUUGGAAUGGAUAAGAUUCGCAUCGAUAUUUUGGACUGGUUCGGCACCGCAGCUGGUCUUGCAGGUGUGCAAAUCUUUGAAGACAACAUCUUCUCUUACGCCAUCAACGAGUUCAACGAGCCCAAGUGCCGUACCAAGUCCGGCACUGUCUCCUCUGCAUCUACUGUUGGGCCUUGGCAAAAGUCGCCAGCAUUCCAAAGCAACGCUCAGUAUCUUACCGCUAGGAUUUCUGUCAACGAUGGCCGUCUGGGCUCAAACGCUUCCGUCACCUUUUACCCCAAUGUACCACAAUCUGGCAACUACUCCAUCAACCUAUAUACGCCUGGUUGUAUAGCGGAUGGCACUUGUGCCAAUCGCGGCCGAGUUUAUGUUUCCGGAUCCAUGUCUAGCGGAACAGCCCAACCCGAAUUCGAGACACAACUGUUCCAGACAAACAACUUUGACAAAUAUGACCAAAUCUACUUCGGCUUUGUGGAAAAAACUUCCGACAAAUUCCAAGCCAGCGUGACACUGAGCCCUGCCGGCGAUCAGACUGUUCAAGAUCUUGUUGUUGUUGCCCAACAGGUCGGCUUUACUCUCAUCAAUUCUGUUGGCGGCUUGAACGGUUUAUUUGACUUUGACCCCCAAGGCCCCCUGCCUGAUGAGCGAAGCCUCGAUAGCUCUGCCAUCAACAAGCUUGGCUAUAGCUUCGAUAAGUCGUCUGGUGUAAAAGCACUCACCACCUCAUCUGACACUACCUAUAUUGCCGGCAAUUUUAGUUCAAAAAGUCACAGAAACAUUCUGGCCAUUUCGAGCAAGGGAGGCGAAGCAAAGAAUCUUAAUGGUGGUCUGAACGGUCGCGUUGUGGCCAUGCAAGUGGAUAAUAGCAAGCUGUACGUCGGCGGAUCAUUUUCGAACACACUCUCCAACGACACCAAGGGCAUCAACAAUGUUGCCGUUUACGACCCCGAUAGCGACACCUGGUCCCCUCUUGGUGCCGGUGUUGAUGGCUCUGUCGACUACGUCGUUCUCCUUCGCGUCAAUACCACCGAAGGCAAACCGGAAACAGUCAUCGCGUUUACUGGUGCUUUUACCCACUCUAAUGGCUAUGGCACCGUCCCAUCAACCCAGGUUGAUGGUGUCGCUUUAUGGGUGCCUUCGCAGAAUAUUUGGCUGCACAACUCGGAACAUAACGUCCCCAGAUAUAGCGGCACUCUGAGUGCCUCGUACCUGGACCUUCGUGGUAACAAUUCUCUCCUCGCCGGAUCUAUCGACGUCUCUACACUGGCAGUUGACGGCGUCGCUAGCCUCACCUCCGAUGGUCUCGGCAAAUUCCCCGUCAAGAUAGAUUCCAAGGCGCCCUCAUCUAGCAAGCGACAACGAAGCCUUGGGGGAGACGGCGGCAUGGCUGGCGUUUCCACAGGAACUUUUUAUGAGAAUACCGACGAGAGUCUUACCAUCUUGGCGGGCCACUUCACCGUACAGGGACAGAACAAUGAUUCAACUAUUCACAACCUAGUCUUUAUUGAUGCCAAGCAGGGCAACAAGACAAGUGGAUUGCCAGACGGUAUUAACGAUAAUUCCUCAUUCAUUGCAGUCGAUCUUUGGAAGAAUAUCCUUUUUGCCGGUGGCCAGGUAUCUGGGAAAGUUAAUGGAAUGGACGCCCAUGGCAUUAUUGCCUGGGACCUCGAUGCCAAACAGUUCUCUCACCAACCCGCUGGUCUUACGGGCGGUGAUGGUGUUGUUACUUCCAUUGCUGUUCGACCCAGCGGCGGCAAUCAAGUCUUCGUUGGCGGCUCCUUCGAGAAAGCCGGCGCCCUAGACUGCCCUGGACUCUGCGUCUUCAACAUCGACGAUGACCAGUGGACUCGGCCGGGCACCGUGAUCACAGGUCAGGUUACUGGCUUGCAAUGGAUCAGUACUGAUUCCAUCCUCGUUGCGGGUGACCUGGUCGCCAGUUCGAGCGGUUCUAAGCCUCUCGCCUAUUACAACCCAGUGAAACAGACGUGGACUGACUUCCCUCGCAUUGAAGAAGUUCCAGGUCCUGUUGCUGUUAUAACUCCAGCAAGCAUGGAUCUCAAGCAAUUCUGGAUUGGCGGCACAUCGCUUAAAGAUAACUCGACCUUCUUGAUGAAGUGGGACGGAAGCAAUUGGCGUUCUGUUGAGCAGAAGCUUCCCAACACCACUGUCCUUCGCAGUAUUCAAGUGUUCCAGCUUACUAAAAGCCACGACCGCGCCCCUUUGUUAGAAACGGACCAAGCUCUCAUGAUCACCGGGGCUAUAGACCUGCCCAAUACUGGCUCUGUCUCGGCUUGCCUGUUUAAUGGCUCACACUACGUACCAUAUGCCUUGACGACAAGCAACAACAAAGGCACCGGCAGCAUUGGUAGAAUCUUUUCGCAGAGGCCUAAUAAGAUUGGGCACAACAGGCAUAUGCCACUGGUCUUUAUCGUCCUUAUCGGGCUGGCCAUUUCGCUCGCACUUAUCUUACUCAUGGUCGUCGGCGGCGUUGUUCUUGACCGUCUCAGAAAGAAGCGCGAAGGCUAUGUUCGCGCGCCGACGUCAAUGCGUGAUCGCGGAAGCGGCAUCCAGCGAGUCCCCCCCAGAGAACUACUCGAGUCUCUGGGUAGAGUGCGUCCUGGUGGCUCACCAGCUGUAUAG